AAGAAACUAGAAGAGAUCAAAAGCUUCUUUGCCUUACCAAAGAUGGAAGCGAAACAGGCAAUGGACAGAACCCUUCCUCCUCCCCUACCCAGGCUGGGUGGGGAUGAGGGCUAAGUCUGGCCCCUUCCUCUUCUACUUUGGGUUGAGGGGACAGCAGAGAGAUCUAGAAGAGGGGAGGGGAGGUGCUGUGUGCCUAGAACUGGGGCAGGCAGGGACCGUCUUCAGCCAGGAGGCGCUCGCCCUUCCCUUCCGCUAACACCCAAGACCAGGGCGACUGAGAGCAGAGGAGAAGGUGAAGAGGUUCUGGGCUUUGACACCGCCGAGGGGGCGGUCCCCAGCGGAGGCUGCGCCACCCCCGCGCCGCCUCGCCCCGCCUCCCCGACGCCUCUGCCAACACUUCCAGCGCCUGUCGCCUUUCUCCAACCCGCAGCGCACAGGUAAAGUCAGGGGACCUAGCACCCGAACCGCGGAGGAGGGAGCGGGCGGCUGCGCGAGUGUGUGCAGGUUUUUGGAACUUCUGAAGUCCGGGACCAUACGCGUGCUAUCAUCCCGUGUUCUCUUACCUGCAGCUGGGAAGAAAAGAUGUUCUCUGUGGUGACCCGCCAACCGUGUGAGCAAGCAGGCCUCAAGGCCCUCUCCCGAACUCCGGUCAUUGUCACCUUGGUGGUCCUGCUUGUGAGCAUUGUGGUGCUUGUGGCUAUCACGCUUAUCCAGAUCCGCCACCCCGAGAUCCUCCCUCCAGGACUAAAGUAUGGAGUUGUGCUGGAUGCCGGGUCUUCCAGAACCACUGUCUACGUGUAUCAGUGGCCAGCAGAGAAGGAGAAUAAUACUGGAGUGGUCAGUCAAACCUUCAAAUGUAAUGUGAAAGGUUCUGGCAUCUCCAGCUAUGGGAAUAACCCCCAAGACGCCCCCAAAGCCUUUGAGGAUUGCAUGCUGAAAGUCAAGGAGCAGGUCCCAGGACAUCUCCACGGAUCCACCCGCAUUUACCUGGGAGCCACAGCCGGGAUGCGUUUGCUGAGGUUGCAAAAUGAGACAGCAGCUAAUGAAGUCCUUGCAAGCAUCCAAAGCUACUUCAAGUCCCAGCCUUUUGAUUUUAGGGGUGCUCAAAUCAUUUCUGGGCAAGAGGAAGGGGUAUAUGGAUGGAUUACAGUCAACUAUAUAAUGGGAAAUUUCCUGGAGAAGAACCUGUGGUACAUGUGGGUGCAUCCCCAUGGAGUGGAAACCACGGGCGCCCUGGAUUUAGGCGGCGCCUCCACCCAGAUAUCCUUUGUGGCAGAAGAGAAGAUGGGACUGAACUCCAGUGACAUCGUGCAGGUCUCCCUGUACGGCUACACCUACACGCUGUACACACACAGCUUCCAGUGCUACGGCCGGAAUGAGGCCGAGAAGAGGUUUCUGGCAAUGCUUCUGCAGAAUUCUUCCACUGCAUCCAAUCUCACCAACCCCUGCUACCCUUGGAAUUAUAGCACCAGCUUCACUGUGGACCAUGUGUUUGACAGCCUGUGCACUGAGAAGCAGAAGCCGGCAAGCUACAACCCCAAGAGCAUCGUCACUUUCAAAGGAACUGGGAACCCAUCACUGUGUAGGGAGAAGGUGGCUUCCAUAUUUGACUUCAAAGCCUGCCAUGAUCAAGAAGGCUGUUCCUUCAAUGGGAUUUAUCAGCCAAAGCUUCAGGGGCCAUUCGUGGCAUUUGCAGGAUUCUACUAUACAGCCAGUGCUUUAAAUCUUUCUGGGAGUUUUUCCCUGGACUCCUUCAACUCAAGCACAUGGAAUUUCUGCUCACAGGAUUGGAGCGAGCUCCCAUUCCUGCUCCCCAAAUUUGAUGAGGUGUAUGCCCGAUCCUACUGCUUCUCAGCCCACUACAUCUACCACUUGCUUGUAAACGGAUACAAAUUCACAGAGGAGACUUGGCCCCGAAUACGUUUUGAAAAAGAAGUCGGGAACAGCAGCAUCGGCUGGUCACUCGGAUAUAUGCUCAGCCUGACCAACCAGAUCCCGGCUGAGAGCCCCCUGAUCCGCCUGCCUAUUCAGCCGACUGUCUUUGUGGGCAUACUUGCCUUCUUCACUGCUACAGCCUUGCUGUGCCUGGCGUUUCUUUUGUACCUAUGUUCAAUGUCCAGGACAAAGAGGCGCUCUGAGCAUGUCUUCGACCAUGCGGUGGAUUCUGAGUGAGCCUUCAAAGCAGCUCCUGGAGCCCCAGGGUUCCCUAGAACCAGCCUGGGCAGCACCACGCAGUGCAAGUGAAGUGGCCACCUUCAGGAAAUACUACUAAAGUCAGACACCUAGGUCAUGUGCUGCUUGGAUACCAAUUUCUGCCAAAAUGCCUCUUGGAGAAUCCCUCAACUAUUCUGUGCACAUCUCUCCUCCAGGCACCCUUCCUCCAUCCAUUUGCUGAUCUAUUGGGAAACAGAGGAGAGACAGAGCAUCCCCCAGCAGAAGAGGAAUUUGAGGAUAUAACAGUUUUAUGUUGAAGAAUUGACCUCAGGGCUCAAUUUCCAUUUUCCCUCCCUUGGUAUUCUUUGUGGCAAAGAAUUAAGCAUUUGACCAUUAAGCAUUUGACCCAGUCAUCGAUCUUACCUUGUAUCUUUCUAUUGGCCCAAGACUUUUUUUUAGCAAUCUCAUAACCAUCAAAAUCCUUCAUAUUGGUAGAAUAUAGUAUCUGGGAGAGAAGACUCCCAAAGAUAGUAGUCAUAGCCAGGCUUCUAUCAUGCAGGUAGAGCACAGAGCACAAAGACACACAGAAGUGUCCCAAAACACUGCAGCCAUUCCUAAAACGGAGCUCCCAGCUGGGACUCUGGUUCCUAGGUUUCAACCUCUGUGAGUAUCCUCCUCCACAUCUCACCAUCUGUUGCUGUGCCCUCCUCUAGAACUCACUGACUCCUACUGCCAUUAUUGCAUUCCAGAGCUUAUUGCCUUCUCUAGGCCUUUGCAGCAGGCUGCCUUUCCUUUAUUAGCACACCCUCUGUAUUUGCCCACCAUUCCUGUAGGCAUCUUUGAUACCACAGUAGGCAUCCUGUUCUAUGAUGUGCUCCCCAGUUCUUUCCUAGGUCUUAGACCUCUCUGCAAAGUAGCCAUAGGUCUUGACUUGGGGAAAGAAACAGAAGCUGCAGGAAUAUUUGCCUCCAACAUGGAAUAAGAAGAACUUCAGCAAGUAUUAUAAUAGCUACAAACUAAAAAUCAACAUUUUUUCAGAUUGUCAUUUGGUAGGUGAAAAUGGAAUAAAGAACUCUUAUUUCGACUUGCAAAGUGCGCAUUUGUUAACUUGAGUGUGAUGCUCCUUGUUCUAAGGACUCAACGUAGUAUUUAUGAGGAGAACUUUUUAAAUUAAGAAAUGUAGAGAAUUUUUUAAAAAUAGUGUGUUAAUAUCACCCUUAUUCCACAGAAUUCAAAGUGCUUUCACUAUGGUGAAACUUUGACUCCUUGAGAUAAUUGCAUCAUACAAUUCUGUACCUUAAUUUGAUGUUCUAAACCUCCACAACCUGCCACAAGGGCUACCUCCCAAACUACCUUUGCUCCCAUACUCUUCCCUACAUAGAGUGUAGGUCAUCCUUCCACCUACUCAAAUCAUGCAUAUUUCUCAAGGUCCAAUUCCAGUUCUGUCUUCCAUAAAGCUUUCCUUGCACACACAUAUGCAUAUGCAUACACACAAUGAUAUAUCUCCUCGACCACUUUUUCAAAGCUAGCAACAGAAAUUCUUAUAUUAUUUCUCUUUUGGUGUGUAUAUAUAUGGUUUUUUUCCAAAAUAGACAAUAGGCCACUAAGGACAAAGCCUGUCAUUCAUUACUCACUCAUUUAUUCAACAGACAUCUAAGAAACUCUUAUUAUGGGCCUAACACCUUGCCAUGUGUGGGUUUGAAUGUGGAUAAGAGCUAUGAAUGUAAUAUUUACUCUUAUUUGUUGACUGGAGUUGUUUCCACAAAUGACUGAGGGACGGAUAAUAAACUAUAAGAGAUAUCAAAUGAAAAUAGCAUCCAAAUCACCAAGAGUUUGCAAUAAAAAGAAAAACAUGUCUUUGUAAGAAAGAGGGCCAAGACUGCCUAGCCAACAUUUCUAAUCUAUUUGGGAACUUGGAAUAAGCUAAUGAAGUAUUUCUGGUUUUCUGACACAUCAGUGAAUUCUUAUCAGAUGCACUAUGGUCAUAUCUGCAGUCUGAGUAAGAUAUCAGUUACCAUGGUGAGCAGAAUUCUAAAAUGGUCUCCUGCACCUUUGCCCUCUCUGACAUCUCAUACGUAAUGUGCUUCUCCUGUGAUUACAUGACUAGGUGGUUACAUGGCAAAAGAGAUUUGCAAAUGUAAUUGUAAUCGGUUGAUCUUAAAAUGGACAACUGAUCCACAUAGGCCU